GCAUGACGCAAAAUGAGGAAGUGAACUUUGUACUAGGUGUUAGCAAAUGUUGUUAGCGUAUAUGUUUUUUUAUUUAUUUAUUUUUUUUACCGUGGAGGAGGCACCUCGUGUAAUAAUACAGACUUAGAAAGUGGAACCAAAGAUACUGAACCAAAGAUGACUGAACCUUCACGUGCGAGCUCGAGUUUCACGACCUGGAUGGCACAGUUGGGUGCCAUUGCCUCAAUAAUCUGUGCGAUUGGUGGCGCUGCUCUCUUCGCCUCUGUUCACAAGAUUGAGGAGGGACACACUGGAGUUUACUACAGGGGAGGAGCUCUCCUGACCACCACCAGUAACCCUGGGUUCCACCUCAUGAUGCCUUUCAUCACUAACUUCAAGUCUGUGCAGACCACUCUACAAACGGAUGAAGUGAAGAAUGUACCAUGUGGCACAAGUGGGGGAGUGAUGAUUUACUUUGACCGGAUAGAAGUGGUGAACUACCUGGUGCCCUCAGCAGUUUAUGAUAUAGUGAGGAACUUCACAGCGGAUUACGACAAGGCCCUGAUAUUCAACAAGGUUCACCAUGAGCUCAACCAGUUCUGCAGUGUCCACUCUCUACAGGAGGUCUACAUCGGCUUGUUCGACCAGAUAGAUGAGAACCUGAAGCUGACCUUACAGGAGGAUCUGACCUGCAUGGCUCCUGGACUCAUCAUACAGGCAGUCCGAGUCACAAAGCCCAACAUUCCUGAGAGCAUUCGGAGAAACUACGAGAUGAUGGAGGCUGAGAAGACAAAGCUUCUGAUUUCUGCUCAGACUCAGAAGGUGGUGGAGAAGGAAGCGGAGACAGAGCGGAAGAGGGCUGUGAUCGAGGCAGAGAAGUUAGCUCAAGUGGCUGAAAUCAAGUUUAGCCAGAAAAUCAUGGAGAAAGAAACAGAGAAAAGGAUCUCUGAAAUUGAAGAUGGAGCAUUCUUGGCUAAGAUGAAGGCCAGGGCCGAUGCAGAGUUCUACACAGCAGAGAGAGCAGCCGAGGCCAAUAAGUUGAAGCUGACGCCAGAGUAUCUGCAGCUUAUGAAGUUCCAGGCCAUAGCAGCUAACAGUAAGAUCUACUUUGGGAGUAAGAUCCCCCAGAUGUUUGUUGACUCUGGCCCCUCCUCCACUAAGGCCUCUGAUGCCAUGGACGACCUAACUGAACAGAUACAAGACCUAGACUGAUGGAAAGGAGAAGAGAAGAGACUCAUCCCAGGGCUGGAGCUGUGGAGCUGGGCCCAUGCUAGCCACAAGGUGGGGUGAAAGAUGAGCCUUGGGUCAUGUGUCCCAAAUGGCACCCUGUUCCCUAUAUAGUGCACUACUAUUUUUGAAGUAUCUGGCCAGUGAAAAUCUCAGUUUUAAAAGUUAAUAUUCUGUUAACUCAUACCAAAAUGUUUUUGACUUGUCUUAUUCAUAUUUGUGGCCAAAGAACUUUAUACUUUUAAAAAUGUUUUUAAAAAAACACUUCAAAAACCCCACCUCAAAAAGUCAGUUUAAAAACAUUUAAAAAUGCUUGCUAUUUCCUCAAAACAUGAUGUCUUAUUGGCUGAUCUGGCCAAUGAGCGGUCUACUAGCAUGAAUAUUUUUAAUGACCAGUAUACGGCCACACCAUUCUGUUGGGUUAUGCCCACACCAUACAAACACAUGAACGCUGCUUUCUAACCUGCUUAAUUGCCAUUUUUUGGGAAGGAAAACUAUUUUACUCGUGUUAUUAAUUCUAGGUCAUAUUUCAUAGAAGUCUGGUCCACAGAUACUUUAAAAGAGGCAACCAGCAGUUGCUACAUUCAUUUUUGGAGUUAUACAUUAAUGAUAUGUACCUUAUUGAAGAAUAUAACUUAUAAAUGCCCCAUGAGCUUAGGUCAGCUGCCGUACCCCAUCAGAACCCCAAAUAUAUGCUUGUUUUACUCCAGUGUUUGUUAACAAAGUAAAUGUAAACACACUAUAUAGCCUCAACAUGACCCAUAGCUCUGUUUAUUCAUUUUAGUGGUUACAUUCUUCCAGCCCCAUCCCUCAUCUUUUUACCAAACAUUACAUUUUUGUUCUACCACUGAUUGACUUUUUAAAGCGCAACUGAAGGCAAACAACUUCUCGGAUUAGAAAAUGGCAUAUGUGGCAUCUAUAUUAGUCAAACAUUUAUUCUAGUGUCAAAAUGUACUACAAAGUGUAAAUAGGAUAAUUUUGUUCAUAAAGUCAGUCUUGUCCAAUGCUCACUUGGCCACUAACACAGGGUUACAGCUGUGGUGAUUGCCUCUAUCCACUCCUACUGCAGAACACCCAGACAGUGAGACAUACCUGCCCAUUAGCAGGUAACCCGGGACCGGUUUAAAAAAUGAAUGGAAGUAUGGAGGUGGUUUUGUGCCUACAAAAAAAGGGGUUAAAUAUGUGUCCAAAAAAAUAUAUAUAUUUCCUGAUCUUUCUUAUAUCUCCUAGAUAUGGGACAGACACUUCAAAACCUUAUUCCUUAUGAUUUCCCCAUCUUUUUUUGUCCAUUUAUGAAUGUGUUAUUCAUGGAAUUUCUAAAGCUCAAAUUUAAAUAUUUAAUCAAAUUUUUGUUUAUAUUUUUUUGAUACCUACAGGGGCCUAAAAUUCGAAAUCAAAUAGCUAACUGAUCCAUGGUUUGACCAAUUCCAGGUCAGCUUAGUAGAACCCCUACCCAUAAGUGCACUACUACCCAUAAGGCUCUGGUCAAAAAUAGUACACUAUAUAGGGAAUAGGGUGCCUUUUGGGAUGCUACCCUGGACCGGAGGUUUUACUAGCCCUACAACAGACCGUAGGCGAAACAAUGAUAUCUUGAAUGUAACAGUGUGGUUUGGGACAUUUUAAACAUUAAUUGAACUUUUGCAAGUGUAUGAUGUAUGUUUUGUGACUUCAUUUAAUUGGUAGCACUUUCAUGUCUUUUCUAUGUGUUGCAUAGCUCAUAAUACAGUAAGUGUGUGAGAGAUGUGUGCAGAGAUAUAGUUGUGUAUGGUUAACUACAUUAUUAAUGAUUCAUUUACUUAAUCAUACACAAUACAUUGUUUGGAAUGCCUUGUUUCUUCACACAGAUCCCUCUCCCAUAUGAAUUGGCUGAGUGUCUUCACCUUAUCUCACCCGGAUCGUCUCACAAUAGCAGAUGUAACAGAUCUUAACUAGCCCACUGAAUGAACAUGACUUUACCUCUGUUUCAGAGAGUGAGCAUUGAUGUUCAAUUGUUUUUUGACUCAAGAAAAGUCCAGGUUGACUUGUUUUCUCUCAAUUAUCUGUAAUUAUGCUGGGCAAAAGGCCAUUAUAUUCAUGUCUGCUCUUGAGAGAGUGUCCUAGACACAACAGAGUAUCUGUUAGAAUUGAGAUGUUGAGAAACCAGCUUCUCCUUGAGUGGGAACAUUGUCCCAUGCUGGAACAGAGAGAGCAAUGGCUUCUCUGUCAGUAGUAGUCAUAGUAUGAGGGAUACAGAUGAACAACUCUGAUAACGACAACUUGACAAACCACACUACACUCAAAGCAUGUUCUGCUAGUGGUGUUUGACGGUUGGUCUCGUGCUUUGCCACUCGUUUUAAACCAUUACAUUUUAUUUUCUGGUAUUGACUAUAAAUGUUGUAGGAAUGUUAUUGAACUACACAGAUGGAUACCUUUUCUGAAACUGAGGCAAACUUUGGGCUGAAACUCUCCUGGUUUUGCUUGGGAAGGAAAGGGAAGGGAAGGGGGGUGACAUUAGAAAAGGGUUCGGGACUCACUAUAAAAGUAUUAUAAAUUAUCUUCAGCAUCAAAUCUUCCUGGGAAUUUGGGAUUUGUGACAUUAUCUAAUUGUACAUUAUACAAAAAGUUCUACAUGCAAUACAAGCCUCACACUCAUUGAUGAACCAUCUUAACCCUCUGCUAUUGCCUAUCCCCAUGAUUUGGUGAAGGGGUGAUACCAACCAAAUCCAAUUUGAUUGCUAACAUACACAUAUUUAGCAGAUGUUAUUGCGGGUGUAGUGAAAUGCUUGUGUUCCUAGCUCCAACAGUGCAGUAGUAUCUUAACAAUUCAUAACAAUACACACAUCUAAAAGAAUGGAAUUAAGAAAUAAAUAAAUAUUAGGUUGACCAAUGUCGGCGUGACAUUGACUAAAUAGAAUACGGGAGAAUAGAAUACAGUAUAUACAUAUGAAAUUAGUAAAGCAGUAUGUAAACAGUAUUAAAGUGACCAUGUCUAUGUACACAGCCUUGUAAGGUGCAGGGUUGAGUAACUGGGUGGAAGCCGGCCAGAGAGCGCUAUUUAACAGUCUGAUGCCCUGUCCAACCACUCCCAGUUCAGUAUUCAAUAAAAAAUAGCAACUUUUGUCGUUAUCUGCUUGGCAUUUCAUACAGGCUCUACAUGGAAACAUUGUUUUUCCUGACAUUGAGUGCGUUACAGGUGCGUGUUUUAACAGUACAUUUUAUCGCCUGCGUCUCAUCUGCGAGUCAUGACAGAUCAUGUCCAUAUAUAUUAAUUUCGUCAUUGUGACGCAUGUUGGCUGAAUAUUGGACCAGGCCUCUUGUUAUUUUCCAAAUAAAAUCUCUGUCAUCUUCCAUGGAAAGGAAUGGUGGAAAGAAAAAAACAAUAGUGGUUUUUCUUAUUAAAGUGAUUUUAUUUACAUAAAAGCAAACAAAAGCUGACUUGUCUUAGUCAUUCAUAUUGGAAGGAUGAGUCAAUGGUAUAAACAUGUAAUGGGGUUUUCAUGAAAGAUGCAACUGCAGCUUUUUGACUAUUUCACACACUGGUGCCCUCAGUGUAGUGUUGGACUGAGUUCAUUUGGGGUGAAUCAUUUGUAUGUUUUUCACCAACGCUUUGACUAAAGCAAUGACUUGUUUGAGAGGCACUAUGCAUUAAACUGUUCUCUCAAUGUAACACUGGUUUGUUCUGGCUGUGUAAACUGUUUGUUAGACUCUCUCAGGUUGACUUGACUGAUUAUGACUUGAAGGAGACUCUUUUGCACUCGCUCACUGAUGUUAUUGUGAAUCAGAAAUCCAUUUUGUGAUUUACACGAUUAAAUGUUUAUCUUUGAUAACAAGGUA